ACGUGGUGUUAAGCAAUUCGUAAUUGGACCAUCCAAUAAAUAAUUUGAACCAUAAAAAAGAGACACAACACUGCCACAACACAUAAACACAAGCCUAUCAGCAAACAGAGUCUCUGCACUCUGAACUGUGAAGAAGAAACACAGCAAUCAGCAUCCAUGGCGGCUACGAGAGCGAUAACCAUAACGAGCAACUCCACAUGCUCUCUUCUUGCAAAGAAACCCUUUGUGGGUGGCACUGCCCUUUGCCUCAACAACCUUAAGUUUUGUCGGACUAGGAGGUCUUACACCUGCAGGGCCAUCUACAAUCCCCAGGUUGUCGUCAAGGAAGAAGGCCAACCCGAAUCCCUCGAUUAUAGAGUUUUCUUUCUCGACAAAUCUGGCAAAAAGGUUUCUCCCUGGCAUGAUAUUCCCUUGCGGUUAGGUGAUGAUAUCUUCAACUUUGUUGUUGAGAUUCCUAAAGAAUCCAGUGCAAAGAUGGAGGUUGCCACUGAUGAGUCUUUCACUCCCAUAAAACAGGAUACAAAGAAGGGGAAGCUCCGAUAUUAUCCCUAUAAUAUACAUUGGAACUAUGGCUUACUUCCACAAACAUGGGAAGAUCCAUCCUUUGCAAACUCUGAAGUUGAAGGAGCAUUUGGAGAUAACGAUCCAGUUGACGUGGUUGAGAUUGGUGGAAGACGGGGGAAAAUAGGUGAGGUUCUCAAGGUCAAACCCUUGGGUGCAUUAGCCAUGAUUGAUGAAGGAGAACUUGAUUGGAAAAUAGUUGCAAUUUCAUUAGAUGAUCCAAAGGCAUCAUUUGUGAAUGAUGUUAACGAUGUUGAGAAGCAUUUUCCGGGAACUCUAACUGCAAUUAGGGACUGGUUCAGAGACUACAAGAUACCUGAUGGAAAGCCUGCUAACAAAUUUGGGCUUGGCAACCAGGCAGCAAAUAAGGAUUAUGCGCUUAAGGUCAUUACAGAGACCAAUGAGUCCUGGAAUAAACUGAUCAAGAGAUCAAUUCCUGCAGGAGAGUUGUCACUUGUGUAGAGGUAGAUGUAUCGAGGGAGUGUUACUGUUCAUGCAAUUGCUUGCAUUUUCUACAAUUCUAUUUAUGGAUUAGCAAAUUCUUCUGUUGAGCUUCCCCGGUUAUAUCUUUGACAUCACUUGGCCAGGCGUUAGUUCAAUAAAUCCAUCUUGCUUAUAUAUUCUGCAUUUUAUU